AUGGGGUUCAACAAGAAUGUUGUGGACUCGAAAGCUUGGCGACAGUCAAACACCACCCAGCUAGCAUUUGGCAUGGCGAUACGUACAGAUCACUUUUUGUUCGCUGAGGAAUAUCGACCGCUGAAUCAUGGCUCAUUUGGGGCCUUUCCAAAGGCGGUACACCAGUAUCGGCAGCAACUCCAAUCGAAAUGUGAGGCACGACCUGAAACCUUCAUCCGAUACACCUAUCUCAAACUCCUACAAGAAAGUCGGACGGCAAUCGCACCGCCUCUCGGUGUGGAUCCCGGGGAGCUUGUCUUUAUCCCCAACGCAACAACGGGCGUUAACACUUUCCUUCGGAACUUGACGUUUAAUGAGGACGAUGUGAUUCUGCAUUUCGGUACUAGAUACGGCGCUUGUGAGAAAACAAUUCAGUCUCUCUUAGAAGUUUUCCCCGUUGCAGGGUACUCGAUUGAGAUAGCAUAUCCGAUAGAAGAUGAAGAGAUCAUCAAGCGUUUCCGCAACGCUGUCUCGGCAAUUCAAGCUCAGGGCAAGCAAGCUAAGAUCGCCAUCUUUGAUACUGUUCUGACGUUCCCCGGGGCUCGGUUCCCAUGGGAGGCAUUAGUGGAGGUAUGCAGAGAACUCGGUGUCCUAAGCUUCAUCGACGGCGCUCACGGGGUCGGCCACAUCGAUCUGGCCCAUCUCAGCAGCGUCGGACCAGAUUUCAUGGUCAGCAACUGCUACAAAUGGCUGAUGGUUUCGAGAGUCUGUGCGAUUCUCUACGUGCCCUUUCGGAACCAAGGGUUGAUUACAACCAGUACGCCGACGUCUUGGGGAUGCGAGACAAAAGAGGAGAGAGCGAAGCUGAACCCGCAGGAGUACUUCUCUCGUCUGUUCAGCAAGGUCUCAACGACAGACAACACACCCUAUUGCUGUGUCCCAUUGGCACUCAAGUUUAGGGCUCGUGUUUGCGGUGGCGAAGCCAACAUCCGCAAGUACUAUGGCGGCUCAGAAGUCGCCAAGUGA